AAUUAUUCAGAAAUGGAGCAAACCCAUAACUUAUUAGAGCCUCUCCCAAGCAGGGAUAAUAGAUUUAUAGAAUACAAAAUGAAAUUUAAGAAAUUUUGAAAAAAUAAUGUUUGGAACCCAAAGAACUCCUGAAAAAGAGAUUGUAAAAAUAAUGUAAAGCAAUUUGAAACAAUGAUGGAAAAUGAUGAACCCAAUCUGGAUUAUUACUCGAAAGGGUACAAAAGAAUGAGAAUUGAGAAAAUGUUUAGUGAACUCUCUCUCAAUGAAAAGCCAAUUUCUCCUUCUCAAAAUAAGCGCAAAGAUGAUUUAUACAACGAUCAAUGCUCAGAUUCCGAAUGAUUCUCGAUUGAAAUACAAAAGAUUCAUCCUAAUGAAGAUCUCACUGACGGUGAUAUUAUGCCAAGAAGAAAAAGAAAGAGAGCUAAGAAGCAUAGUCCUUGCUUAAGCUCAAAUAACUUCUCCAAACACACUCAUCCUUCAAAGAAUGAAUCUCUCAAGAAAUCAUCAGAUAUGUCAGUACCCGGGAAAGCUCCUAGAAUACCUUCAGAGAGCGAAAGGCAAAGCUCAUCGGAUCAUUCCGAGUGUAACAAGGAUAAAUCUGACGACACUAUGGUAUCAAUAGAAAUAGAAGAUAAAAAAGAAGAGUCUAAAGAUGAAGAAAUGGACAGUACUAAUGAGAACAAGCCCCGUUGCAUUCGUAUAACCAUCAAGGAUGACCUAGAUCAAGUAAUAUUUGAAAAGAAUAUGGUAAUCAAUCAGGAUAAUAUCAAGAUAAAACCCUUCUUAAAUCUGAUUGAUGAAUUUUGAGAUAAAGACUCUGGACUUUCAAAGUAUAAGAAGUUUUUCAAAAAAGCACUAUAUAAGAAGUUUAAUAUCCCGGACUACAAUGCUAUUUUUCAAGAUAAUUUCUAA